AUGAACAGUAAAUCGUGGGCUGAUGAAUCCAACAAUGGUUUACGGGUUCCCAUCUCUAAAGGUGAUAGACUAAUUAUUAUACACGCUGGUGGUGAAAUGGGGUUUAUCCCAAAUGCGUUGAAGACAUGGAAAGCAUCAAAACAUACGGGGGACUACCACGACAAUGUGAAUCAGGAAAUGUUUAUGAAGUGGAUGACGGAGAAACUUCUUCCAAAUUUAGAGCCAAGAAGUGUUUUAGUGGUUGACAAUGCUCCAUACCACAACGUUCAAGUUGAAAAGGCCCCGACAGCGAAAAGUAGAAAGCAGGACAUGAAAGAUUGGCUAUCCAACCAUAACAUCCCAUUUAACGAUAACAUGUUCGUCCCAGAACUAUAUCAACUGAUUAAGCUGUAUAAACCAAGACUACUCCGCUAUCUUCUGGAUGAAACAGUGAAGAGAGAAGGUCACUCAGUGCUAAGACUCCCCCCUUAUCACCCAGACUUAAACCCAAUUGAGCUGGUAUGGGCAGACAUUAAGGGUUUUGUAGCAAGUAGAAAUGUUUCCUGCAACUUUUCUCAAGUGCAAAAAAUAACUGAAGACAAGAUAGCGAGUAUGGGUCGAGAUGAUUGGACAAGGAAGUGUGAGCGAGUUAAAACAAUUGAAAAUGAAUACUUGACAAACGAAGGGGGAAUCGACGAUUUCAUAGAUUCGUUCGUUAUCAAUCUUGAGGACGACUCCGACACUGAAGACACGGACGAGGACGACCCAGAGGAAAUGAGUGGCGUAGAAGAACUCGAAUGA